AUGCAACCGCUUAAGCUCUUUGGUUUAGCGGCCAUCGCUAAUCUUGUCCAUGCGGCAGUUAUUACUAUUUCUGAUACUUCGACGUUAUCAACUACUUCCUACUCACAGAGUUCAUCUGACUACUGGCAGAUUGAAACUGGUGCUGCGCUUAUAUUGCCGGGUAUCACUCGUUUUACGACCGGAUUAAAUUUCUUGAACUAUGGAGACUUCAUUGCGAACGUUAACGCAGGCGGAACAUUGCAAAUGGAUUCUUUGACUAAUCAAGAGGGUGGUAAAGUCAGUAUUUCUGCUCCUGCAGAUUUGACUUUCAUUUCAGGUAACACAUUCUAUCAAAGCGGUACCUGGACUAUGACGAGUGUGGGGCCAAUGACUGUGGAGAUGAACACAAACAGGUACAUUCUCACCAACACGGGUAGCUUAGAGUUUUCUUCUGGAUCCACUCUUCUGAUGACUAUUGAAAAGGAGUUCGUCAACAGUGGUGAUCUCACUUGGCUGGCUACUGGAAACGGUGCCUGGGAGUUCGAAGAAGACAUGUCCAAUAGCGGAACAAUGACAUUGAGUGCCAGUUCGACAAGUGAUAAGGUUUCCAUCGGCAACCCCUUCACAAACUCUGGAUGGUUUAUCUAUAAAUAUGGUCUGAAUACCGGUACCGCUUACGCCGGAACUUCCACUUUGACCAACCCAGGUAUUAUGAAUAUCUACGGUUCCACAGGCAGCUCGCAAAUGCUGAACUCUGGAACCAUCUCUAAUACUGGUUCAAUUUGUCUUCAACAUACAACAUAUUUUCAAGCCAGCGCUGUCUCUGGAGGCGGCUGUUGGUUGCUUGCCGAUUCCUCCAGUUUGAACUUGAGGACUACUAUCAACAGUUUCGCAGCAACUCAGAGCAUUGUUUUUCAGGAUUCCACGUCGUCCGUGAACAUCAGAACAUUAGAUACAAUUCGUGUUUACAAGCUUUACAAUGUUCAAAGCGGUCAGACCUUCCUUACUUCGUCAAACCUUAUUUCCAGUGCAACCUAUGAUGCCUCAACUGGCUACUUGAAAGUACUGAGCCUGAGUGGAAUAACCUCCCAAGUCUUCGAUAUCGGUCUUGGUUAUGACCCUGCCGGAUUCUCUGUUUCUAAUAACUCUGUCUCCUACACAGGUGAUGCCCCAACGGAACGGGAUAUUCCAUACAACUGUAUUUGCGAGCCACGUAUUUCUUCAUCGGAGGCCCCAACUGAAAGUUCAUCUGAAAGCUCAUCUGAAACGACAAGUGAAACUUCCAGUGAAACCACAGCUGAGACUUCGUCUGACAUUACCAGUGAAACUUCUGAGACCUCAUCAGACACUACUGCUGAGACCUCGUCUGACACUAGUGAACCUUCUGAGACCUCAUCAGACACUACUGCUGAGACCUCAUCUGAGACUUCGUCAGACACUACUGCUGAGACCUCUUCUGACACUAGUGAACCUUCUGAGACCUCAUCUGAGACCUCAUCAGACAAUACUGCUGAGACCUCUUCUGACACUACUGCUGAGACCUCGUCUGACACUACUGCUGAGACCUCGUCUGACAAUACUGCUGAGACCUCGUCUGACAAUACUGCUGAGACCUCUUCUGACACUACUGCCGAGACCUCAUCUGAGACUUCGUCAGACACUACCGCUGAGACCUCAUCAGACAUUUCGUCAGACACUACUGCUGAGACCUCUUCUGACACUAGUGAACCUUCUGAGACCUCAUCAGACACUACUGCUGAGACUUCAAGCUCCAAUAAUACUGCUGGCGAAGGCGCUACGCAAUACACCACGACUUGGACCACCACUAAUUCUGAUGGUGUUACCACUACCAAUUCCGGUGUUGUGAUUGUGACCACCGACUCUGAUGGUGCGCUCACUACCACUACUUCUCAGUUUGGCGAGGGUGCUACACAAUACACUACUACGUGGACCACCACUAAUUCUGAUGGUGUUACCACUACCAAUUCUGGUGUUGUGAUUGUGACCACCGACUCCGAUGGUGCGCUCACUACCACUACUUCUCAGUUUGGCGAGGGUGCUACACAAUACACUACUACGUGGACCACCACUAAUUCUGAUGGUGUUACCACUACCAAUUCUGGUGUUGUGAUUGUGACCACCGACUCCGAUGGUGCGCUCACUACCACUACUUCUCAGUUUGGCGAGGGUGCUACACAAUACACUACUACGUGGACCACCACUAAUUCUGAUGGUGUUACCACUACCAAUUCCGGUGUUGUGAUUGUGACCACCGACUCUGAUGGUGCGCUCACUACCACUACUUCUCAGUUUGGCGAGGGUGCUACACAAUACACUACUACGUGGACCACCACUAAUUCUGAUGGUGUUACUACUACCAAUUCUGGUGUUGUGAUUGUGACCACCGACUCUGAUGGUGCGCUCACUACCACUACUUCUCAGUUUGGCGAGGGUGCUACACAAUACACUACUACAUGGACCACCACUAAUUCUGAUGGUGUUACCACUACCAAUUCCGGUGUUGUGAUUGUGACCACCGACUCUGAUGGUGCGCUCACUACCACUACUUCUCAGUUUGGCGAGGGUGCUACACAAUACACUACUACGUGGACCACCACUAAUUCUGAUGGUGUUACCACUACCAAUUCCGGUGUUGUGAUUGUGACCACCGACUCCGAUGGUGCGCUCACUACCACUACUUCUCAGUUUGGCGAGGGUGCUACACAAUACACUACUACGUGGACCACCACUAAUUCUGAUGGCGUUACCACUACCAAUUCCGGUGUUGUGAUUGUGACCACCGACUCUGAUGGUGCGCUCACUACCACUACUUCUCAGUUUGGCGAGGGUGCUACACAAUACACUACUACGUGGACCACCACUAAUUCUGAUGGUGUUACCACUACCAAUUCUGGUGUUGUGAUUGUGACCACCGACUCCGAUGGUGCGCUCACUACCACUACUUCUCAGUUUGGCGAGGGUGCUACACAAUACACUACUACGUGGACCACCACUAAUUCUGAUGGUGUUACCACUACCAAUUCCGGUGUUGUGAUUGUGACCACCGACUCCGAUGGUGCGCUCACUACCACUACUUCUCAGUUUGGCGAGGGUGCUACACAAUACACUACUACGUGGACCACCACUAAUUCUGAUGGUGUUACUACUACCAAUUCCGGUGUUGUGAUUGUGACCACCGACUCCGAUGGUGCGCUCACUACCACUACUUCUCAGUUUGGCGAGGGUGCUACACAAUACACUACUACGUGGACCACCACUAAUUCUGAUGGUGUUACCACUACCAAUUCCGGUGUUGUGAUUGUUACAACCGACUCCGAUGGUGCACUCACUACCACUACUUCUCAGUUUGGCGAGGGUGCUACACAAUACACCACGACUUGGACCACCACUAAUUCUGAUGGUGUUACCACUACCAAUUCCGGUGUUGUGAUUGUGACCACCGACUCCGAUGGUGCGCUCACUACCACUACUUCUCAGUUUGGCGAGGGUGCUACACAAUACACUACUACGUGGACCACCACUAAUUCUGAUGGCGUUACUACUACCAAUUCCGGUGUUGUGAUUGUGACCACCGACUCCGAUGGUGCACUCACUACCACUACUUCUCAGUUUGUUGAGGGUGCUACGCAAUACACCACGACUUGGACCACCACUAAUUCUGAUGGUGUUACCACUACCAAUUCCGGUGUUGUGAUUGUGACCACCGACUCCGAUGGUGCGCUCACUACCACUACUUCUCAGUUUGGCGAGGGUGCUACACAAUACACUACUACGUGGACCACCACUAAUUCUGAUGGCGUUACCACUACCAAUUCCGGUGUUGUGAUUGUGACCACCGACUCCGAUGGUGCGCUCACUACCACUACUUCUCAGUUUGGCGAGGGUGCUACACAAUACACUACUACGUGGACCACCACUAAUUCUGAUGGCGUUACCACUACCAAUUCCGGUGUUGUGAUUGUGACCACCGACUCCGAUGGUGCACUCACUACCACUACUUCUCAGUUUGUUGAGGGUGCUACGCAAUACACCACGACUUGGACCACCACUAAUUCUGAUGGUGUUACCACUACCAAUUCCGGUGUUGUGAUUGUGACCACCGACUCCGAUGGUGCGCUCACUACCACUACUUCUCAGUUUGUUGAGGGUGCUACGCAAUACACCACGACUUGGACCACCACUAAUUCUGAUGGUGUUACCACUACCAAUUCCGGUGUUGUGAUUGUGACCACCGACUCCGAUGGUGCGCUCACUACCACUACUUCUCAGUUUGUUGAGGGUGCUACGCAAUACACCACGACUUGGACCACCACUAAUUCUGAUGGUGUUACCACUACCAAUUCCGGUGUUGUGAUUGUGACCACCGACUCUGAUGGUGCGCUCACUACCACUACUUCUCAGUUUGGCGAGGGUGCUACACAAUAUACCACGACUUGGACCACCACUAAUUCUGAUGGCGUUACCACUACCAAUUCCGGUGUUGUGAUUGUGACCACCGACUCUGAUGGUGCGCUCACUACCACUACUUCUCAGUUUGUUGAGGGUGCUACACAAUACACUACUACGUGGACCACCACUAAUUCUGAUGGCGUUACCACUACCAAUUCCGGUGUUGUGAUUGUGACCACCGACUCCGAUGGUGCACUCACUACCACUACUUCUCAGUUUGGCGAGGGUGCUACGCAAUACACCACGACUUGGACCACCACUAAUUCUGAUGGUGUUACCACUACCAAUUCCGGUGUUGUGAUUGUGACCACCGACUCCGAUGGUGCGCUCACUACCACUACUUCUCAGUUUGUUGAGGGUGCUACGCAAUACACCACGACUUGGACCACCACUAAUUCUGAUGGUGUUACCACUACCAAUUCCGGUGUUGUGAUUGUGACCACCGACUCCGAUGGUGCGCUCACUACCACUACUUCUCAGUUUGUUGAGGGUGCUACGCAAUACACCACGACUUGGACCACCACUAAUUCUGAUGGUGUUACCACUACCAAUUCCGGUGUUGUGAUUGUGACCACCGACUCUGAUGGUGCGCUCACUACCACUACUUCUCAGUUUGUUGAGGGUGCUACACAAUACACUACUACGUGGACCACCACUAAUUCUGAUGGCGUUACCACUACCAAUUCCGGUGUUGUGAUUGUGACCACCGACUCCGAUGGUGCACUCACUACCACUACUUCUCAGUUUGGCGAGGGUGCUACGCAAUACACCACGACUUGGACCACCACUAAUUCUGAUGGUGUUACCACUACCAAUUCCGGUGUUGUGAUUGUGACCACCGAUUCCGAUGGUGCGCUCACUACCACUACUUCUCAGUUCCCUCGAUCUUUAGCUGCAGGUGAUUAUACCACGACUUGGACCACCACUAAUUCUGAUGGCGUUACCACUACCAAUUCCGGUGUUGUGAUUGUGACCACCGACUCUGAUGGUGCGCUCACUACUACUACUUCUCAGUUUGGCGAGGGUGCUACACAAUACACUACUACGUGGACCACCACUAAUUCUGAUGGCGUUACCACUACCAAUUCCGGUGUUGUGAUUGUUACAACCGACUCCGAUGGUGCGCUCACUACCACUACUUCUCAGUUUGUUGAGGGUGCUACGCAAUACACCACGACUUGGACCACCACUAAUUCUGAUGGUGUUACCACUACCAAUUCCGGUGUUGUGAUUGUUACAACCGACUCCGAUGGUGCACUCACUACCACUACUUCUCAGUUUGGCGAGGGUGCUACACAAUACACCACGACUUGGACCACCACUAAUUCUGAUGGUGUUACCACUACCAAUUCCGGUGUUGUGAUUGUGACCACCGACUCUGAUGGUGCGCUCACUACCACUACUUCUCAGUUUGGCGAGGGUGCUACACAAUACACUACUACGUGGACCACCACUAAUUCUGAUGGUGUUACCACUACCAAUUCUGGUGUUGUGAUUGUGACCACCGACUCCGAUGGUGCGCUCACUACCACUACUUCUCAGUUUGGCGAGGGUGCUACACAAUAUACCACGACUUGGACCACCACUAAUUCUGAUGGUGUUACCACUACCAAUUCUGGUGUUGUGAUUGUGACCACCGACUCCGAUGGUGCGCUCACUACCACUACUUCUCAGUUCCCUCGAUCUUUAGCUGCAGGUGAUUAUACCACGACUUGGACCACCACUAAUUCUGAUGGUGUUACUACCACCAAAUCUGGUGUUGUGAUUGUUACCACUGAUGCCGCUGGUUCAUUGUACACCACCACCUCUCAAUUUGGUGAGGGUGUGACUCAGUACACCACUACUUGGACCACUACCAAGGCUGAUGGAUCUGUUGAGACUGAUUCUGGUGUUGUGAUCGUUACUACUGAUGCCGCUGGUUCAUUGUACACCACCACCUCUCAGUUUGGUGAGGGUGUGACUCAGUACACCACGACUUGGACCACUACCAAGGCUGAUGGAUCUGUUGAGACUGAUUCUGGUGUUGUGAUCGUUACUACUGAUGCCGCUGGUUCAUUGUACACCACCACCUCUCAAUUUGGUGAGGGUGCUACGCAAUACACCACGACUUGGACCACUACCAAGGCUGAUGGAUCUGUUGAGACCGAUUCUGGUGUUGUGAUCGUUACUACUGAUGCCGCUGGUUCAUUGUACACCACCACCUCUCAGUUUGGUGAGGGUGUGACUCAGUACACCACUACUUGGACCACUACCAAGGCUGAUGGAUCUGUUGAGACUGAUUCUGGUGUUGUUAUUGUUACCACUGAUGCCGCUGGUUCAUUGUACACCACCACCUCUCAGUUUGGUGAGGGUGUGACUCAGUACACCACUACUUGGACCACUACCAAGGCUGAUGGAUCUGUUGAGACUGAUUCUGGUGUUGUUAUUGUUACCACUGAUGCCGCUGGUUCAUUGUACACCACCACCUCUCAGUUUGUUGAGGGUGCUACACAAUACACUACUACGUGGACCACCACUAAUUCUGAUGGUGUUACUACUACGAACUCUGGUGUUGUCAUUGUGACCACCGACUCUGAUGGUGCGCUCACCACCACUACUUCCCAGUUCCCUCGAUCUUUAGCUGCAGGUGACUAUACCACGACUUGGACCACCACUAAUUCUGAUGGUGUUACUACCACCAAAUCUGGUGUUGUGAUUGUUACCACUGAUGCCGCUGGUUCAUUGUACACCACCACCUCUCAGUUUGGUGAGGGUGUGACUCAGUACACCACUACUUGGACCACUACCAAGGCUGAUGGAUCUGUUGAGACUGAUUCUGGUGUUGUGAUCGUUACCACUGAUGCCGCUGGUUCAUUGUACACCACCACCUCUCAGUUUGGUGAGGGUGCUACGCAAUACACCACUACUUGGACCACUACCAAGGCUGAUGGAUCUGUUGAGACCGAUUCUGGUGUUGUGAUUGUUACCACUGAUGCCGCUGGUUCAUUGUACACCACCACCUCUCAGUUUGGUGAGGGUGUGACUCAGUACACCACUACUUGGACCACUACCAAGGCUGAUGGAUCUGUUGAGACUGAUUCUGGUGUUGUUAUUGUUACUACUGAUGUCGCUGGUUCAUUGUACACCACCACCUCUCAGUUUGGUGAGGGUGUGACUCAGUACACCACUACUUGGACCACUACCAAGGCUGAUGGAUCUGUUGAGACUGAUUCUGGUGUUGUGAUCGUUACUACUGAUGCCGCUGGUUCAUUGUACACCACCACCUCUCAGUUUGGUGAGGGUGUGACUCAGUACACCACGACUUGGACCACUACCAAGGCUGAUGGAUCUGUUGAGACUGAUUCUGGUGUUGUGAUUGUUACUACUGAUGCCGCUGGUUCAUUGUACACCACCACCUCUCAAUUUGGUGAGGGUGCUACGCAAUACACCACGACUUGGACCACUACCAAGGCUGAUGGAUCUGUUGAGACCGAUUCUGGUGUUGUUAUCGUUACCACUGAUGCCGCUGGUUCAUUGUACACCACCACCUCUCAGUUUGGUGAGGGUGCUACCCAAUACACCACUACUUGGACCACUACCAAGGCUGAUGGAUCUGUUGAGACCGAUUCUGGUGUUGUGAUUGUUACCACUGAUGCCGCUGGUUCAUUGUACACCACCACCUCUCAAUUUGGUAGUGGUGGUGCUUUAAAGACCGAGACAGAUGUUGUAGUUACUACUGUUGUUGCAGGAUCAACUGUAACUAGUACUGUUUGUACAGUUUGUACGAAGCACCAGUCCACUUGGACAACAACUAUUGUUGCUGGUGUUACCGUGACUGUUUGUGCCGAUGUCGUUGUGACUACUGACGUGUCUGGUAAGGCUGUGACUUCCUUGGUCAGCUCAGGCGCUUCUAUUCAGAACGCUGUUACGUACACAACUACUAAUGAAGUUGGGCUGACCGUUACUGUUUAUGGUAUUGUUAAGCUGACUACUGAUCAGUCAGGAAAUGAACAUGUCUCUACAGUGUCUAUUUCUACCGUUCAGAGCAAGAGUGCUGCAUCAAGUGUCGAUGUGACGAAGAUUGUUACGUACACCAUCACGCACCCAAGCGGCCAAGUUGAGACGAAGACAGGGGCCUUGAUCGGCACCUCAGACUCUAACGGAGCAUACACCGUCGCUACUAUUCCUCUCUCGACCGAAAAUGUUGCCGGAUCAACUUUGAGCACACAGUUUGUGAAUUCUCAAGCGAAGUCGACUUCAGGAAGUGCUGCCUCUGUCACGGACAUAUCUCCUAUUGCUGGAGGUAGUAGUUCUGUUAAGCUGCUCAAUUCGUUUAUGUUGUUCGGGCUUGCCGCAUUGGCUUUGUUCUAA